AUGGGAAAAUGGAGAUAUGGCGUUAUCCUAGACGCGGGCUCGUCUGGGACACGGGUACAUAUCUAUCGAUGGCUCAAUAAUUCCAAGGCUCGUCAGGGGGCAUCGCCGCAAGAGCUAAAGUCCUUGCCCAAAAUCACGACCAAGCAGGACUGGACAAAAAAGAUCCAUCCAGGCAUAUCAACCUUCGCUGGCAAGCCUGAAGAAGUAGGCCCAGACUAUCUCGAUGAGCUGUUGCAGCAUGCUCUCGAUAUCGUGCCCGAAACUGCCGUCAAAGACACACCCGUCUUUCUUCUAGCCACUGCUGGCAUGCGCUUACUGAGCGAUGCCGACCGGAGCCAAAUUCUCAGUCAAACCUGCUCCUUUUUCCGUGCUAAUUCCAAAUUUCUCCUCCCCGACUGCGACGUCCAUAUCCAGGUUAUUCCGGGCGAGACUGAGGGUCUGUAUGGUUGGAUUGCCGCCAAUUAUCUGCUGGGAAGUUUCGAUUCUCCCGAAGACCAUGCCCAUGGCAAAAACCACCACACUUAUGGCUUUCUGGAUAUGGGCGGCGCCUCUGCUCAAAUCGCCUUUGUUCCAAACUCUACCGAAGUAGAGAAACACGCCAAUGAUUUGAAGUUGAUGAGACUUCGAAAUGUCGAUGGAUCCUCUCAGGAGUAUCAGAUUUUCGUUACCUCGUGGUUGGAAUUUGGCGUCCGUGAAGCCCGUCGUCGCUACAUCGAAGCUCUUCAAGAAUCUGUUUCUUUUCCUGAGGUGACCGAGAUUCCAGAACCGUGCCUACCCAAUGGUCUCCGCACAACUAUUGAUGGCCAGCCUCUUCCUGACGAAACGAACUCAGGCUCGUAUUUGUUAGGGACUGGACGUUUCGACGAGUGUAUUCGACAAACCUACCCGCUUUUGGACAAGGAUGCGCCUUGUGCUGAUGAACCGUGUUUGUUGCAUGGAGUUCAUGCUCCCGCUAUUGACUUUGAUGUGAAUCACUUUAUCGGUAUUAGUGAAUAUUGGCACACAACACACGAAAUAUUUGAAAUGGGCUAUAAAGAUAAAGCGUAUGAUUUCAACACCUACCAGCAUCGAGUUGAUGCCUUUUGCUCCCAAGAAUGGGCAGCCAUCGAACAAGGACUAUCGGAAGAACGAUGGGGUUCAAAGGUCAAUCGCGAGAAGGCAUUCGAAGUUUGCUUCAAGGCAUCUUGGCUUAUCAACGUUCUCCACAGUGGAAUCGGUAUCCCUCGGGUUGGCAUCGAAGAGACAGAAAGUUCUAGUCAUAAUGGAACUAAAGAGGUGUUGCAACAUGGCAAAGACAAGGGUUAUGUUCAUCCAUUUCAAGCUGUCAACAAAAUCGACUCCACCGAAGUUAGUUGGACACUUGGUAAAGUUGUCCUCUACGCUUCUUCGCAGGUGCCCGCAAUCGAGGAAGAUGCACUUCCUGUUGGAAUUGGCAGCAAUGAGCCUGGAAUUCCUCCUGACUUUCAGUAUCCUAGCGUUGAGCUUGUACCUGGACCAGGUCCGUUGGUAGAAGAAAGUGAUAGUUGGCACGAAUCCCUAUUCGGCGGAGAGUCUCCGCGUCGCAUACCCGGUGUCCUACUGUUCUUGCUCAUUGUCAUUAUUGUCCUCUUCUUUUUGUGUGGUCGCAAUCGUCGUUUGCGAAUGUAUCACAGAUUACGGACCCUUUUCAAGCGGGGAGAUUCUUCUCGCUCUCGAAGGAGGCUCUUGGGCCCAAAACUACCAUUCAUUGGACGCAGUUCAGCUGCUUACGAACGAGUCCUAGAAGAUGGUGGACCUGACUUUGAGCUCUCUGGUGUUGAUACCGACAGCGAUGACGACGUCCAAAAUCGGUCUACGUACAGCCCUUCCCAGUCCAAGCGCCAUUCCCUAAAAGGGUCUACGACAGGACUUUCCUCUCAAGCGCCACCUUUCAAAUUCGAGCUUGGCAACAUCUCAAGCACUAGUAUCGGGUUGGGUAUUGCGCCAUCGAAUGCACUGGACCGACAAGGUCUGGUUAUUAGGACUGAAAGUAGGGAGCACUUGGUGCCCACAGCGACGACUGGAAGUCGCUCUCGGACGGUCAGUCCGACCCGGUCGUAUCGCAAGUCUCCUAUGUUGAGGCCAGUGAGUGACGAGUGA